CUGGACCAUAGACAAAGGAGAAAGAUCAUUUCUCUAUGCUCUGGAGUAACCUCAUAUCUGUUCUCUUAAAAUUAUAAAUUCAUUUCAAUUCAACAAAUAGAAAUGAACUGGCAAUUAGAUCUCGAUCCCUCAACUAACUCUAAGAUAUACAUGCAUUUAUAUAAAAAUGUAAAAAAUGCAGAAGAUAUUGUAAAAAAAUUGAUUGAAGGAAAACUAAAAUGCAGUGCAAUAAAGCCUAGUCUUAUAGUCGAUCCGUUUCAAGUAGUAGUGGCAGCUAACAAAGCAUCAACAGCAAAAGAAUUCAAAACGAAAACAGUUUACUCUGAAAUUCUCUUCAAUCUGUCUAUAUCCAAAAAUAUAACGGCCAGUUUAAAAACUUUCGGAGCGAGUGACGGUGACAAGGACUUACUCAUAGUAUUAAUAAACAAAAUUAAUGAAGCUGCAGAAACUAUUGAUUUUAUAAACGGUGAAGAAGUAAAUGUGAAUAGAAUCAGUGAAUUAACUGACGUCAGUUUAGUGAAAAAAAAUUAUAAAAUAGGAGAAGAAGAGUUCCAAAAUAAUGAUUUAUUAGAUUCUGUUGUUAGCCGAAUUGCAAUAAAGUAAGAAAUUAUUAGUUGAUUUCUAAUGGAUGUGA